AUGUACGAAGGAAGCAAGAAGUCAGCUAAAAAGUAUGAGAAUCUCCACUGUUCAUGUUAUCAAAAAGGGGGUUGGGUAAAGCAAACUCCCUCCUUGAACGAGCACGGGCUUAGUCAAGUAGAACCGGGUUGCACUGAUGGAUGCUCCGAUCGAAAAGAAAUCAGUGGGGUCAUGCCGGUAUGUUCCCUAUCCUUUACGUUCGACAACUUCUCUAUUUUCUUCUUCAUUUGGAUUUCAUCGGCCAUCCAUAGGGAAACAUCGACUGUGACGUAUUCGAAGCCGACUGAUCAUCGACUCCAUUCCCUCCUAUUCGUCGUGAAUCCGCUUCCAUGGUUGGUUCCUGAACACUCUUCUACGAUGGAUUCCAUCGUCGCACACAACAAGUUGCAGAAUCCCGCCCGAUUCUAUGAACAAAUGAAGAUUAAACUCUGUGUAGCAGUUAGUGCCAAAGUUGCUGAUUUCUCUUUGGGCACUAACACAGGUGGAAGUGUAAGAGUCCAUUGUCCAUAUUAGACUGCGUGAUGCUAUUGAGUAAAAAAAUGCAAUUCUUUACUUCUGAUUCAUUUGGAUUGGCACCAAAUCCAGGUCAUAACUGAAAAGGCUUGAGUUCAUAAUGUUGAAGCAUAUUUUCAGGAGGAGGAUGUUAUUAGGCUAAAAGUCACUGAAGUUUUGAUUUUAGAGUUUAAGCACUGUUUGGUAUGGUGGAAUAUUGGAAGGAAUGGAAUGCUUCAUUUCAUUGGAAUGAAAUUUCAAAUUUUUGCUGCUUCCAUGUCUUUUGUACAUAAAACUUGAGAAAAUGAUGAGUUGUAAUAAAAUGUGGUUUUACAUUUUUAGGUUGGCAUGGAUAUAGGUAAUGACCAUGUAUUAUUCUCUCGCUACCGUUAUAGAUAAUCUACUUUGUCUUUUUAACAAACCAACAUCAUGUUAAAAAUUUGAAGAAAUCUAC